CUAACUCUUAGCCUUAUUCUGGGGUUGUGGAUUCAUUUAUCGAGAAUUGCACAUGUAAGUGGUCCAAGUAUUUUGGAGGCCGGGGCUUGCGACAGGGAACCCUUGAUGUUGUUGUGUUCUCGGUCUUUUUAUUUUCGAUUCGAAGAUCAAAGAGGUAUGGACGGACUGCGAUGGCCGCGCUGACACCUGGGGUAAUCCCCACACAGUCUAUAAGACGUUCAGUUAAUGGUUAAUGGAUUACUACUAAUAUAUGUUAUAUGUAUAAAUCGGAUCCCAUCUCUCGUCUCCCAUCCCCCAAUUUCAAGACAAACGCGGCCCGAUUGUAAACCCCUAUUCUUACGAAAUACGAAAUACCUAGGAGUCCCUGUUCAAGCCUGCUGGAUUAACCCAAAUACAGGUUACUACUUCUUACAGCCACCCUUCGCGUGGGACAUGACAGCACGACGCGAAGGAGAUAAAAUCCGUCAAGCUAGCUCUUCGGCGAACGAUGCGCGUCAAAUUCGUAUUGGUAUCGCUGCAGAGGAUCAUAUAGCUGCCAUAGCUCCGCCACGAGCCAAGCGGGCACAGGUCGCUCGAGCCUGCCAGAGAUGCAGAAGACUGCAGAAAGCCUGCAGCGACUCUCGCCCGUGUCGGCGGUGUACCAAGGCUGGGCUUGCUGAUGAAUGCAGCGGAUUUCCCGCCCAAUCCCGAAUUCUAACCCGGGCCCGGCCUACUAAAACGCCAAGGCUCGCUGAGAUACCGGUAGAAGGAGGCGUAAAGUCGUUGGAUGUUGCUACGUCUUCGUCAUUCGUCAACUUUGAUCUACCUACGAGCCAGCAAGCGUUUACUAGUUUUGCAAGGCAGUCGUUUGAGAGAAAGGUAGACCUGCUGCCGCCUCGAGUAGUUGAGUACUGUUCCAGGCGCUUCUUCGAACGCCUCGCCCCGACGAUCCCUAUCGUGACGCCCGAGUACGUCACCAAUCUUAGAACGCGACUCGCCUCGGAUAGUGAGGCUUACUGCGUUCUACUUGGAUUGUGCGCUAUGGUGACGUUGCAGGUCGAGGAUCCCGGGGGUAAAUCUUUUGGGCAGUCUAUUACGGCUGAGAACAAUGCCGCAUACGGCUGGACGCUGCUCGAGGAGGCUCUAGCAGCCCACCGUCAUCUUACACGGAGAUCGAACCCAUCUCUAGACUCGGUUCUUCUCGUGUUCUUUAUAUACGCGUGCCACGCAAGUUUAUUCCACCAUUCUCAGGCUUUCUUCUUCCUUCGCGAAGCCGCUACGCUCUUCAUCCUAAUCAAGCCAGAGACCCUGGAUGAUCUUUCGAAGCUGCUAGCCGAGAGGCUUUUCUGGGUCCUGCUUAUUUCCGAGAGGUCUCAUGCGAUCCGUUAUCGGCGUCCUUCUACGCUUCAAGUAACAACUAAUGGCUUUGGGUUAUCAUUCUCUAGGGACCGUGAGCCCUCGCUAGCCGGUUUCCGGUGUCUGGCUGCUCUCUUUCGUUCCCUGGACGCCAAUUUCAUAACUCUGCUCAACCAAGAGUCAGCUCCGGGUGUAGUUCCUGUCAAUUCGUUUGACGAAGCCGAGUCCGCCAUCAACGCGGCGUUGAACCAUGCGUGUCCAUCUGACCUUCUCCCAACGCAAAAGGCUAAUCUCAGGGUUACGCAACUCUGGCUCCGCAUUGUGCUCUGGCAGUUGCGGCUACGGCUGGGUCAUCUCUCGGAGCAGAAUAUGCGGAAUAGUCGCACUUAUCACUAUCCACUAGACAUAGCAAAGGAUCUAGCACUUUCGACCCGUGAUUUACCUGUGCACAGCAUCCAGGUGCACGGAGUAGGUAUAACGGAGAAGCUAUUCGAUAUAUCCUGCGCUGUGGUGAACGUCCUCGCGCGUGUACCCAUACAGAUGACUAGGACAGCGGCAGAAGACGACUUGAAGUAUCUAAGACGGCUAAUCCUGCAACUUCCUGGUGGCGCAACAGUCUACGACGCUUUGCUUUUAAAACAUAUUCAACAGACGUUGCCCACAAUGGCAGCCGUGAUAGAAAUAUAGCUACCCCGACUGAGCUUGUAUCGCACGAGUCGCCAGAUGAGAUGGAGCAGGAAAUCCGAAUCUUGGAGGGCUGCAGUCUUAGUCGCUACGCACUUUCUCUUAACGUAUUAACUACGGUAUACUGGGUGUUUAUCCCAACUCAGCAUCCGCAGUUAUGCUUGGUCUAUCUCCUUCCCUAGC